AUGGCAGCUGCGCUCGCGGCACCCUGCGCUCUGCCCGAGCCUUCCCCCGCGGAUAUGUGCGCCCUGCGCCGGCAGCUCGCCAGCAGUGAGACGGCGGCGGCGCUGUUGGCGCGGGUGCGGGCGCGCGGAGAGGCGCGGGGGGGGGCGCGGACGGGGUUCAGCGUGGUGGACGAGCACCGGGGCGUGGCGGAGGGGGGCAGCGGGGGAGUGACGGAGGUGGUGGGCGGCAGUGGUAGCGGCAAGACGGAAGUGCUUAUGCGGCUGGCGGCGGCGCAUCUCCUGCCUCUGCCCCCACGCCCCGCCCACCCACCUGCCGCUGCUGGUCGUGGUGGUGGCGGCAGCAGUGGGUGGGAGGCAGCGGGGGGAGGGGGAGCGGUGGUGGCGUACAUGGACCUGGACGUGCGCUUCCCCAUGCCACGCUUCAUGCACGUGCUGCACGCCCGAGCCAUGCAGUGCGUGCUUGAUGCUCAUGAGGGCUCGCCACUACAAGCAUGUGAGCAGCAGCAGCAGCAGCAGCAGCAGCGUGUGGAGGGCUUGGUGCAAGCAGCGCUGCGUCGCUUCCAUCUCCUGCCAUGCCGCAACACAUGCCACUGGCUCGCAUGCCUCAAGUCCGUGUCGUCCUUGCUGCCCGUGUGGCGGGCGCAGCAGCACGAGCACCGCCCUGGCGUGGGCAACAGCAGUGCAGGGGUCAAUGCAGGCGUGGGGGCAGGGGCGACCGAUGGCCAUGCGGGGGAGCAGGCGGAGAGAAUGGAGAGUGUGGGGGCUGGCGAGGCGUGUGGCUUGCAGGGCGAGCAGAGAGGGGGUGCAGGGGAGGUGGCAAUGCAGCAUGGGGGUGCCGAGGUGGCGCAGUGGAGUUGGUUUAGCCCUGCGGCCAGUGCAGGGCAGCAGAGCAUGUC